UUUGUAGACCUGUUUAAGUUUUUGUUUUAGUUUUACUAGGUGAUUUGGAAUUAUUUGAUGGCAAAGUACAACUGUUAGAAGUUCCUCUCGCCCUUUACACUGGAAAUGUCACCGCAAUUUUGUCACAAUAUCGUUGGUCUUCGCGUUGGUCACUGGCUGUUCAUUUGAGAGACUGAGCGAAUAAUGGUGAGUUGUUUAUAUGUCAUAGGCUAACCUAAUGUAAUAUCAGCGAAACGAAUUGCUUUAAGCUUGAUUUCCUGAAUUUAUUGGCCGCGUUAUCAGUGUUCCGGGGCGAUUGCAGUGAUGAAGCCUAAAUAUAUGUUGAAUCCUUUUGUUUCACGGGUCUAUGUUGUGUACAAUUCCGGACUCGUUAAAUUGCGCUUUUGAUGACUUUUAGACACAACAUUUGCAUAAUUUCGCCACUUUUAAUUCAAACUAUACUUUAAAAUAGGGGGCCAUAUGGUAAAAAAAAUUAUUUAGUUAGUCGUUCGCGUCCGAUUUGAGAGGAGUCAGUCUUCACCUCCUAAUUCAAGUGACAGAAUGCAGUUCCUGAGAAUCGCGGGCGAUGAUGUGGAAAAAACUCACAAAAAGCCUAAAAAGCGAAUUGAAAAGGUACGAAAAUACAUCCAUUUUAUUUACCCUUUAUGUGUAGCUUUCUCAUAAGCACUGGUACUACUGAAGUGAAGUAUUUUAACGGCUAGGAGUUUUUUGUUUCUGACAAAACAACAAUUAGCCAUAGGGCUAAGCGUCGGGCUAAGCUCGAUCAGUUUCAGAUGAAUGCGAAUGAUUUAUUGCUUGAAUAAUUCGAGAGAAUGAUCUCUUUUCUAAAAGCAAGUGUGCGUAUGCGGGAUUAUUGCUGUUUUGUGGCUAUAUUGUACAGUUUAUCCAGAGUAAGUUACGAUUAUUUGUAGCAAUUUAUAAGCCUUUGGUCCCUUAAAGAUAGAUUUAAUGUACCAUAGUAUUUGAAAUGGGCUUAUUACUCACGUAAAUGCUGGAAAAUAAUUCAUUUUCUUUCGAAUUUUAGUGAAUCGUCCAGAAGGUUUUUGCACCUGGACGUUUCUAAUGUUUCCAGCGAUUAGCAUUUGUGAUAAUGUGAAAGCAAUAAUGCUCUUUCAAUUUACAGUAUUGUUUUAGCAAAGGGUGCAAAUGUCAUAUAAGUUUUAGUGUUUGUUAUCCAAACUCAUAAGUUUAUGGUUUCGAUGCCUUCUUGUAAAAUAGAGCAUAUAACUAACACGAGAUAAUAUACUCAACUGACUAAAAAACAAAUGUCCCAUUUGUACAUAAUUUUAGUUAAUACUCAUUUAUCAUUUGUACUCUUUGUUAUUUGAAUUGACGCCUACAAAUGAGAACAAAACAUUUGCAUUAUUAGUAAACUCUGGUUAUAUUUUUUGUGCUAUCCCAGCCUGUGAAGCAGUUGUUUUAUUUCUACAGUGCAUAAGGUUUGAGGAAGUAUGAGGGCUAGAAAAGGAAAAUAGAAAAGAUGGAGUGGAAUGUGGAGUGGGGUUGGUUAGGAAGGGAAAGACAUGUAUGCAUAUGAUGUUUAUUUUCUUGGAAGUCAGCCACCCUUGAGUUACUACCUUAUUCUCACUGAAUUUCGCCAGUAAUAAGUUUGGGAAAAAUUAUGAGCCAAAUUUUGUGAGUGUUAUAUUUUGCGGGAAAGGUAGAAUUGGAGUGUUUUAAAUUUAACGAUUCUAAUAUGUAAAGCUGUGAUGACUUGUUCAUUUUUAUCAGCUUCGACUCAGCUUUGUCUGCUCUUGCUCCUGAAUUUAAGUGAGAAUAAGAUAGCACCCUGGAAUAACAGCUGUACUUAGGAACAGAACAUUUAUGAGUGCUGCCUCCAAACAAGACAGGAAUGUGGCUAUUUUUGAUUUCUUACAUUUAUAACUACUGGAAUGCUAAUAUGGCUGAUAUUGGUAUUUCAUUUCAUUGGCCUAGAAAACAUAAUUUUUGUGUCAUUCAGUUGAAACAAACAAGCGAUAAGAGCGGCAUUACUGGUCCACAAAAAUCAGUCGUCACCUUCUAUCUCGCACUGUAUUUUCCUUCAUCAUACAGUUAAAAUAAAGCCAAACUGUGAUGCCCACUUAUAGACUGAGGUGACAAAAAUAGGACAACUCUGGUUAGGAUGGCCAAAAGGAGGCCGUGCAUGCAGCUGGCUGCUUGGUGGAGGUGACCGCUUUCUAAAAUUGUGUCAGGGUCACUUUGAUUCAAUAAUAGAGUAUGGCUGCUCAGUGGAGGCUCAACUGUAUAUGUUUAAUUUAAUUACCUUUCUCUCAUAAAAUACCUUGUUUUAACACCCUUCCUCCCCCUGCCAAAAAAAAAAGAAAGGAAAUGCGUAAGCUUUUUUUGCUUUUUCGUUGGAACAAAUGUAAUAACCAGGAGAAAUUGAAUACAAUUCUUAGGCAAAGUUUGUGUACAAACAAGGUUUAUUAUGGGCAAUGUAAGAGCAGUGAACUUUUAAAAAAUUAAUGUAUCCCAGAGUACUGGUAAUUAGCCAGCCCCAUAAAUAAGAACCAAAUCAACCUGUAAAACAUAAUAAUAAAUAAACUUAUUAACGCUGUGUCACUCUUUAGAAGAAAUUACAUAUUGGAAGGCUGAUGACCUCCUCCUUUGUUUUGUUUUAGUCUGAAAAAAGUAGUCAAAUUCACGAGGAAGAAGAUAAGAUCUGGCCAGAAGAUGGUCCUCCACCGAGCUAUGACUCUUUGUUUGGCCAGAUCAAAGAGGCUAAGGAAACUUCUGAUGGUUCAUUUGACUUCUGCAAGAGAGUUAUACAGCUGUUUGCUGGAACAAGUAAGAAGUAUAAUAAAUUAAAUUCAAUGUACAUCAUGAUACUAACUUAACUGAUGUCAAAGUCUGACAUUUUAUUCUAAACUAUCUCUGUUCAUAUUCCACAGUUGGCUGUACCAUUGCUCUUAGUUUAUUGAUGGCUUUGCCGAUAGCCAUGGUGAUAAUGGGUAAGACAAAAAUAAUAUUUCUUUGGUAGUUAAUGAAAGGAAUUUUUGUGCAGCCUUUUUCUUACAUGUUUUACUAGUUGGUUGUCAAUUAUAGGCCAUUUAUUUACCUGAUGGAAGAACAUAUAAAACGAUUGCAUCAUAAUGGCUUACAGUACUUGAAAAAUGAAUAAAAUUAAUUAAAAUCAAUAUACAUGUAUUAUCAUCAGUUAGUUAAGCUUGCCUGACUGUCAGUAAUUAAGCUUUUGGCAAACUGUUGAACGUUCAUUAGCUGACGGACUAUUUUUAGGAGACCUUCUCUCUAGCUUUACAGGAACGAGUGGCAUUCUUUUUAUGAUUCCCCAGACAAUUAUUUGUAACAAUAUCUAUUUUCCCAGGUGCCAAAUAUAAAGAUGAUUGUCCUGUGGAGCCAUUUAUUCCUAUUUACCUCAUCGUUGGAGGAUCAUUUGGAAUGUUAAAAACCAUUAUAGUGCUUUGCCAAAGAGCAAGAACUCACGAAGACGAUGCUGACAUUGAUGAAGAUCAGUCCAUGUCCACUAAGUUUAUAGAUGGUGUCUUGAAUCUGUUUUUGUUUACUUGGUUUAUUGCUGGAAACAUUUGGGUGUAUAGUAAAUACAGGCCAAAUCCCACUCCGCCACCUUCAGAUCCACUUAACUACUGUAAUCCAACACUCUACUUGUUUGCAUUUUGGGUAAUCACGGCUAGUUACAUACUCAUGGGUUCAAUAUGUUUCUGUAUAUGUUGCCUUGGAGUGUGUGCAAGUUGUACAGCUUUCUUUGUCACAGCCAAAGAUUAGGGUAUAAAUAAUAAGCAACCUUCUCACAUUACAUCACCUAACAAAAUGCAGGUUUUCUUUUGACUGGUUUGGAGUCCAGUUUUCAACAAAUGCCUCAAGAUGCAUUCAUGUUUCAUGUAGACGAUUUUCGGUAUACCAGGGAAAAAAAUUCUGUUAAAUUUCAGUUUGUACAUUUAUUUCUACAUUACAUGUAUGUUGAUCACUUAUUUUGGGAAAAUGACUCUCAUUCUUAGACCCCCCAGUCUACAGCAAUUAUUCUAGGUCGGGCGUUUAUUUUUACACAUAUUUUUUUGCAAGAUUUUCAUUUUUGGGUUUGUGAGACAGAUGUGAGUAAACUGAAAGAUAGAUGUAAGUUACAUAACAGUUUAUUUGGCUUUCACUACACUUUCACUACACUUCACACGGGUGACCACAUCCCGUAAAUGCACAACCCUUAAGUCUUGGCAUUUUGUGGGAUCACUUACAGGAGGUUUGACUGCAGUCAGUACCCCCCAGAAAUUGAAAAUAUUAUUUAUUUUUCAAUCAUAACAUGACUGUGCAUUAUGUAGUAGCCCACAAGUAAGCUUUUCAGUUGAAGCCUUAAAGGAAAAGCAGCUAGAGGCCUCAAAACAUUUUGGUAAGAAUAGCAAAUUAUUAGUCAACUGGGGAUAUAACUGCGAUGAUCAUCGUUCAUUUAAUUCUUCACUCGGCACAUCACGUAUAUGAUUUUCAUAUAUUCAUAACUUCAUCAUCAUGGGCACAAUGAGGUCACACACAACAGGAACAUUAUCAAAUUAUUUAAGUGCCCUCUAUGAGUAAAUCUUGAACUCUGGGUCACAUUCUGACUCAACCACAAGUUCUGUAAAACUACUUGCUCACGUGCUUUAUAAUUAAUGUGAUCAGCCCCUCAUUUCUUCCUCCUAAGAGCCUCAACUGAGAGCUUGCUUUCGGGUAAAUUUGACCUUAUGCAUUUCACAUGGUGCUCUAGAGUUAUUAGUAUUACGAUAAGAUAAAACUUUCAUUAUUUUAUAGAAUUUUUUAAAUGGUUACUCUUGGGAAUAGGAUCUUUAAAGGUUAAUAAUUAUAUUAUUCACAAAUUUAUUUAGGUUAACUUGAUUUAUUAAAAUAGCAUUCAAAGCUCAAGAGAAACUAAACUCUGGUUUGUACGGAGGUUAACAAGAGUUUAGUUUUGUCUGCGCGCAGGCUACCUCACAGCAGCAAAAUGAGUUGGUGUGUCUGGGUUCCAGAGAAUAUCCAUCCUUCUGCCCUGGACAUUUUUUUUUUGGCUGAAAUGUCCCACCCUCAUCCCCAGAGGAAUCCCAAUUGCCCAAUUCAGAAACUCUAGGAAGACUGGGUACAAGCUUUUGGGACAGUGUUUUUUGGCAUCGUUAUUGUAGACAAAUGUUAUACAAUCAUUCGCCAAUCAUCAGCCUAUAAUUUCUGGAAAUAUGGGGAAUUUGACUUGUACAUUUCCUUUCAAACAGUCUCGCAUUAAAGACCCUCCUCCUCCUUGGAAUAUGACAUUAAUUGGAAGAGCAUGAAUAUUUUCUGGAACAACACUCACUUUUUCAUCAUGGCUGAAAUUUCUCUUAACUGGUUUGGAGGGAAAAUUGAAAAUUUUCAGCCAGAAUUAUUUACAAUAACAUUAUUUAAAUUGUGUAACAAGGGUUCCACUACUGUUAUGAUAUUUAUCGGUUACAUCUGGGAUGGAAUAUAUAUUUUUGUUCGUAAUUUUCUUUAUUUUUUACUGUUCAGUAUUGGCUGAGGUUGUUUCAAAUGAGUCUUCUACGACUUGAGGUUUGAGAUAAACUGAAAGGCAUUUAGGUAGUGAUGGCUGAUUUCAACAUGUUUCACAAUGGAAGGAAGGAAUUAACACUACAUAUUUUUGGAAGUUGUCAAACUGUUUGCCUGGGACUGACGGCAAGGCCUGUACGCAAUACUUUAUAAUAAGGCCAAAAUACUGAUAGAGCGGUUUUCACUUGACUGUCGUAAAACCAAAACCAAAGUAAAAACACUAGCCAACCAAAGGGCGUAGUAAAACCAAAACCAAAACCAAAACCAAUCCCUUUCGACAGUCAAGUGAAAACCCCUCUAGUAAAACAAAAAAGAGGAGGAUAUAUUGAGAAUGGGAGUGAAGGCAUUAUUUGGUCUUCAUGCUCUCCCGGAAGCCAAACAAAUUUAAAAACAGGGCCUCGUUACUGGGGAAAACUAAACCAUGUAUUAACGUGUUAGCCUAUGUGCAACCACACCCUCCCCCCAACAAAGGAAAAACUUUGGCGGGGGAAGGGUGUGGCUACAUGUAGGCUAUUCAUAUGUCUGUGACAACUUGUAAGGAUCAAUCAUCACAUGACAGGUACAUAAUAUGAGAAAAAAUGGAAGGAGAACGAUUAAUGUGUUUGGCUCUUCAAUUGUUAGUAGUCCAAGAUCCUUAUUAAGUGGUUGUAUGAAUGAAGCCAUGAAGACGUAUUUUUGUGAGAAGUAUGGAUAAUAAAUUAACGAAAACUG